UAUACCACUGUUUGAUACUCUCACCGGUCGACAUUGAAGACUCUUCGACAUCAAUGCAUAUCUGUAAUUUGGAGUUUUGUCAGCCAUCCAAUUUUUACUCUCUCGUUCCUUCUUACAUCUGCUUCGAACUCCGAAAUCUCUCUCUCUAUUCUUAGCCCAACUUCAAUCGGGUAUCUUUCAUCAAAUACCAAAAAUCUGAUCGACGGUGAAUUUGGAAGUGAUUCAAGAGUCGGUUGGUUAAGCUGCAGUUCUCCUCAUCAACUCGCUUAUCAAACCCAUGCCUACCUCUACUAACCAACGUCUUGCUUCAAUCGACUCAGGUGACCUCCCAGAACGGAUUUUCCCUGUUAAUGACUACCCUGCGCAUGUAGUUCGUAUCAACUCAUAUUCAAGACCUCGGUACCUAAUUGACAUUUUGCAUAUACUAGCUGGGUUGCCUGAGCUUCGAAUGUUGUUGGACUCUCCUCUUGGCUCUCUCUUCUCGUUGCCUGUUCGAUGUUGCUCCCUCUCUGGACAGCUAGUACACCAGUUGUUAUGUAGACAACUCUAUACUCCAAAUUGUGAAGAAAUGUGGUUUGUUUAUUCUGGGCAACCUUUGCGGUUCUCCUUAAUAGAGUUUGAAGAAUUGACUGGCCUUUCAUGCAAACAUUUUCCACCGCCUGCAGACCUACUGAGUAGGACCACAUGGAUCUGCACCAUACUGGUAUAAACUUAUUGGUCGUGACAUUGGCUCCACUACAGUUGAUGAUCUUGUUACACUGUUGAAGAGCAAACCAACAAUGCCGGCCUGGCGGAAGUUUAGACUCGCACUAGUUGUAAUUGUUAAAGGGAUCCUGCUCUGUAGAACGCAGCCAGUCAAACCAUCUUUAGAAGUUGUAGAGAUGGUUAAAGAUACUCACUUCUUUCUUCACUACCCUUGGGGACGCCAUUCCUUUAAACGUCUUCUCCGUAUGGUGACAAUUGGCGAUUAUAUUCCAGAUAAACCGGCUCUUAUCAACAAACUCAAACAAUCAUCGCUUGAUGUUCAUGGUUUCCCUCUUCCCAUUCAGCUGCUAGCAUUUAGAUGCAUCCCGCUGAUCCUCAAGUUCCUUCCGCAUAGUGAAGACCAGUCAACGUUCCUUGAUGAGCCUCUCACUUAUCUUCCCAAGUGCAAGUCAUACCAUACUUCCAAUAUUUUGUCAACUGAACAUGAUCGAGCUGUGAAGGUCUUGUUUCCUUUUUCUGCACCUACUGAAUUUCGUUCUACUGCUGGAGGUGACCCAAAAAGGCAGGUGUUAGAAGCAAUUGUCUCCUCUGGCAACAAGUUUGUCAAAUCCUUCUCAUUUGGAGGUGAUGCAUCUUUGCCCUCUUUGUACGCUCUGUCAACUCGCAAGACCCACAAGAGCAACUUCGUCAGUCCUGCUUCAGAGGUUCACGACAGACCCAAUAAGAGAAAGCAUUGCAAAAAGAUCAACAUUUUUUACUCUGUUGAAGAUGUUGAUGGUAUUGUUACAUUAAAGUUGCGAGAUUUGAAAGACUCUUUGCUAGCUGAUUUGGGCCAGUUGCUGUUUAAUUCUGCCUCCACAGGCAAAGAUAGCUCUUCUCACCGACACCAAUCCGCGCAAGUUGCAUCAGACCAACAUCUUUCAACCUCGCCUUUAACUCCGUCUGCCUCUCCUGCUCUAAUUGGACUCUCUCCUUCUUCUACCACAACCAAUCCUUAUGGUCAACCAGUGUUACUUGAGAAGAUCACUGUACAGGCAGCCACUAACGGGGAAUAAAAAAACUAUGUCCACUCUACCAACGUCGAUACCACCAUUUUCCCUACGUCAAAGCGAUUCAAGCGGACCACCUCUUUAAAGGCGAGAACUGAAAAAAGGUCAACUCUGUCAAAAGUUCACUGAUGGAAGAUGCACGACGUACAUCUUCUCGCAGGCUAACCCUCAAACCCCCUCUAUCUCACGUCCCGGCAUUGGGAACUUUAGAAAUUUCCAAUACUUUUGGAUCAUCCAGUAAUUAUGUGCCAAAUAACGAUAAGAGAUUUGUCUUAGUAGAACCUCCAACUGAUUCAAUUCCUGAUGCCUCUCAUAUUGGUUGCCCUGACGAUCAACCGUCUCCAACGCAUACAACUCCGAAAUGUGAACCUCCCCUACAUCUCCGCAAUGAGGGACAUACAAAAGAAGUUCAUUUCGACAAGUGUAACUCGGUUUUCCCCGUUAGAGAGGAUGGACCAGCUCAUAAUCUCAGGCCCAGAAAGGUUGUUUCUGAAGAUUACUUUCAGAAAUGUUCAGCUCUUGUUCUUAGUACGUUGGACAGGAUAAGCUCCAAGCAAGUCCAACAGUUCCUUGCCAACCUUUCUACCUUUUCUGGGAGGGAGUACAUUAUUCGUGGUGACCACUUUCAUCGAUCAGUUUUCACUGAUAUUUUGAAACCGCAAAAAUGGAUUUCCAACCUGCACAUUGACCUGCUGCUUGGUUACAUCUGGGAGAAACAUAGUGCUUUUCUUCAAAACAAAAGGAUCACGGUGGUUGACUCCAUGUUCUUCCAUCAUUACCAACACCUAUAUCAGCUGGAAAAAACCACUCCAAGAUGGUCCCGUCAUCUGGCAUCCUAUGCUUACCGCUUAUGUGCGUGGAGAGGUUGUAUUUAGACGAAAGAUCCUGCAAUGGUUCCGAGAUGUUGACAUUGUUUAUCUCCCAAUGAAUUGGGGUAAGCGUCAUUGGGUAGCACUACAACUAGAUCUCACAUCUGGCCAUAUCAACAUACUUGACCCUUUCCAAGAUUUGACUCUCUCUCGAAAGGUCGAUUCCUUUAUGAGACCGUUCACUGAAAAGUAACUGCAGCUCAUUCUCUCUGUUCGUGGUGCUUUACCAUCUCAGUAGCCGGCCAACGGAGUCACGUACCAGAGAAUUUCAGGCCUGGCUCAAAAUAACGUGGUGGUGAUUGUGGUCCGUUAACUGUUAAAUUUAUAGAACUGCACGCUUACGGUCUUCAUGACACGCUCUCCCAUCUCACACCCCAGCAGGUUGAUAAUCUCCGCAUCCGCUAUGCGUUUGACCUAUAUCAAGAGUAUGUUUCAAGGGUCUAACCUUCCUCCUUUUGCAGACACUUUAGUUUACUUUAUGUUCUCUACCUCAUCUCUUUCAGUUAUGUCUAACUUUUCAUUUACUAUAAUGUCGUAUA